GUUUGGCCGCAAUGUCUGACACAACAAAGAAUGUCCCUCUAGAGCAGCUGCCGUCGCAGGAGCUGCACCCGCAGCCAAUGCCGGUGAUCAACCUUGGCCACCUCAGCCUUGAUAAUCCCAUGGCGCGGUCCGGGGUGGUUGACGAUAUCGCCAAAGCAUGCCGUGAUUUGGGAUACUUCCAGGUUAUAAAUCAUGGGAUCAGUCAAUCAGUCAUGGAUGGUGCUGUGGAAGCUGCUUCAGAUUUCUUCAAACUGCCAACUGAGAUAAAGGAACAGUAUGCAUCAGAUGAUAUCCAGCAGCCUGUUAGAUAUGAUAGCUCAAAGGAUGGUAUUAGUAUGUCACGGGCAUUCCUAAAGCAUUAUGCCCAUCCCCUCUGCGAUUGGCUUCAACAGUGGCCACAGCAACCACCAAUAUACAGGGAAUACAUGGCAAAAUAUGCUGUCGAAGUAAGAGUGGUGGCUUUGAAACUGAUGGAAGCAAUUCUAGAAGGUCUAGGUAUCGGCAAGGAAUACAUGCAUGAGAAAUUUGAGGAAGGCUUACAGUUAUUGUCAGUGAAUUGCUAUCCUAAAGUGUCCCAAAGUGAUACGACAAUAGGUCUGGCAGCACAUUCUGAUUAUGGGCUCCUAACCAUCUUGCUCACAAGUUGUCCGGGCCUUGAGGUUGUUGACCGCACCAGCAACAGCUGGAAAGUGGUCCAGCAACUCCCACAUGCAUUGCAUGUCCAUAUAGGAGAUCACAUGGAAGUUCUAAGCAAUGGUCGAAUCAAGACUGUUGUGCACCGGGCUGUUCUGAAUCCUCAGGAAGCAAGGAUUUCUAUUGCUAGCAUUCAUGGUCUUGCGCUGCAUGAGAAGGUCUCCAGUGCUAAAGAACUGAUUGACGAGGAAAAUCCACAAAAGUACAAAGAAAGCAGCUUUAGUGACUUCCUAGAGCAUCUCACUGCCAAUAUGGACAACAGGCAAAGGAACUUCCUUGAGAGCCUUAGAAUGUAAGGGGCACAUUUAGGGUGCAAUCUUCACUUUAUGUCCAAAAGUAGGCUAUUUUUCUUUUCC